AAUACUUUCUUCUGUAUUCCACCAUGUCUGGUCGUGGCAAAGGCGGCAAAGGACUCGGGAAAGGCGGCGCCAAGCGACACCGCAAGGUCCUGCGAGAUAACAUCCAGGGCAUUACCAAGCCUGCCAUCCGGCGCUUGGCUCGGCGCGGCGGCGUCAAGCGCAUCUCCGGGCUCAUCUACGAGGAGACUCGCGGUGUCCUCAAAGUGUUCCUGGAGAAUGUGAUCCGGGACGCUGUCACCUACACCGAACACGCCAAGCGCAAGACGGUCACGGCUAUGGAUGUGGUCUACGCGCUCAAGCGCCAGGGCCGUACUCUUUAUGGCUUCGGCGGCUGAGUGCUGCCACCGGCUUCAGACCUUCGGUCUUUUGUACCAACACCCCCAACCCAAAGGCCCUUUUCAGGGCCCCCAAAGCAUCAAAAAAGGAGCUGGGGAAUACUUGUAUAGGGGCUGGAAGAGGGUUCUCGACCCCGGGCUAGGUUAUCUGACGAUGCUGGUGGCUUGUAUUGUAGCAUAUGCAAAUCAGGCCGCGUGAGAGCACGUUCUCAUUGGAGCGGUGGGUCAUCGGCUCCGCCCGCCGAUAGACAACGUGAUGCGGUCUGCUUGCUGAGUGCUGUUAGCCUACGUGAAUUAUUUUUUAUUUUUUUGCUUGUUUCUGGGUGCCAGGCCGAAAGCUGACGAUGCGUGGUUCCCUCCCGCCUUGCGAUCUCUAGACGUGGGGAGGGGUGACCUGUAGCGCGCUCUCUAGAGGGAAAAUUAAACGUUCCUUAAGGACGGCGGGAAACAGAGGAGUGGGGCGGAGGCUUGGAACCCCCAAAAUAAAGUGACCCUGUAGCGUAAACUCGGUUUUCUCAACUGUAAUUAUUUAGCUGCCCCUAGAUGGUGUCUUUUGGGGCAAGGAAAGGAUUCGGGGUCUAACUUUAGCUCAGUUUGGUCAGCUCCCUUAAUUCAUGGUACACAGACGGGGGUUUAAGUCUCACUUAAGACUCCUUUCUCCUUAAGUCUCCAGAGGGUAGGACUUAACCCGGGCUGCUCUUAGAGACCUGUUGUUUCUCAGCACCCAGGUGGGUUAGCUCACAGUCGCCUGUAACACCAGCUCCAGGGCGCCAAAAUGCGUUUGGCUUCCUUGGGCACCUGGGCUCAGGUUUGCAUUCCCAACUCUUCCGUACACAAAACCAAAAACAGUAAUUUUUUUUUUCAAUGCCUAAGUUUUUUGGCAUUUGAAGUUCACUAGUCUUCUCACUGGCUUAGGGAAUGGGAGGCAUUUCUGGGGUUCCCUCAGCAGAAACCUGGGAUUUCAUUAGGAACGAUGAUCUGUGAAAUGCUUCCUAUGUGGUAUGCAGGAAAUGUUUCCUAUGUGGCAUGCAGGAACUUCGUGCCAUUCUUCAUCAGUAAAUUUACUUUAAGUAUUGUUAAUGAACACUUCGUAGCCGUGGAUGGGACAACGAAGAAUAGGACUUGGAGGCUGGAUUUGAACUUGGCCCUGUGUGAUUUUACACAGCUUCAUCUUAUGUACCCCCUGUUUUUGCCAGUCAGGCUCCCCUUUCCCAUUACUGACCUUUUCACUUCCACCUUCUGAACAUAAGUAACGCUGGUGUAAAUUUCAAAGGGAUGUUAGUCUAACGAACUCAUUUCUUCAAGCAAGUGAAAAACUGAAUUGCUUAUUUUCUAUCUUUAGAAAUAUUUUCAAUUACAGUUAUUUGGUAUUAUAUUUUCAAAUUCUUUUAUUUUUACUUUUUGUCCAAUGGACUUUUUUUUUCCUGAGUUAAGUUUGGUGAUUUUCGUUUUCUUAUAAAGCUGUAUGUUUUAUCAAAAUAUUAAAUACAGAAAAUGUAAUAAAUGUUUAUUACCCCAUUUUAA